AUGAGUGCGCCCGAGUCGUACCAGCUCGAGUCCCUCGCCUCGGACGGGGACGGCGUCAAGCCAACGUCGCCGACGGCCUCCAUCGACCCGGCCAACGUGCGGUGGAUGAACCAGGGCGACCGACGAUGGGAAGUCUGCAAGAUCGUGACCCGUCUGGUUGGGACGCUGCUAUGCGCCAUCAUCCUCAUAAUCAUGAUGGCGUGGUAUGGGUACCCGCCUUGGGAUAACUAUAGUGUCUGGCCUUGGCUGUGUCUGCCAGGAGCUUUGCCAUCGUUCAUGUGGGAUUUGGGGGAAUUCCUCACCAUCUGCGCCCGCCACGGACGCGGCAUCACCCCAAAGGCUCACAUUGGCCUGGAACUCAUCAUCUCUAUCCUAGGCUUCAUUGGCGGAGGCUGGCUGGCUUUCCAGCUUGGCAUCCAAGAGGAUGACCAGAUAGGAAACAACCCGCUAAACCUCGCUCUCGUAGAGUGUAUCUUUAUGCUUCUCAGCGCAACAAUCCACAUGGCACUCUUCAUCCGCGCCUGUAUAGAACGCAGCCGCGAAAUCCGCCGGCGCAGACCGCGUGUGAUGUACAUCCCAGAAACAGGCCAAACAGUCUACGUCGUCGCCAAACCCUUUCCAAAACUACCUACCUGGAAAUCCCAAUCCACGCGCGCCCAAUCCUUCCCGCGCUCACCGCAGAGCCCUCUCAACAAUUCCCUACGGCACCACUUUGCCCAACUCCAAGAAGAGAUGCCUCCGCCAUUACCCGACCGGCCCGGCGAUCAGUCCCCGUCUUCGGCGUCAUCUAUCAAACGGAAACCUUUACCGGGCGCAGGUAUCCCAUCGCGCACGAUUCCGGCGGGCGGUGAUAGUCGGGACCGGCAUCUCCGGCCGAAUAUGCGGCCCCCGCCGGCGGAUUAUGAGCCUUCUGCGGAGGAGCUGGAGCGGAUGAGACGGGGUGACGCGCAGCCUCAGCUUAUUUUGCCGGGGGAUGUGGAUUUCAAGUUUGCUACGAGCGUGACUGGUAUGACACCGGCUGAUGCGAGCGCGAGGGAGGGCAAGUAUAGGGUGAAUAUGACGCAGAUGCCGGUGGUGAUGGGGGAGUCUUCGAGGGGUGGGAGUGCCGGCAGGACGAGCAUUUUCAUGAUAGGUGGGACGGCGUUUGGGGGUAUCUCAUGGCUGCGUAGAACAUCCCAAAUCCUCGGGCAUUUCAACUCAGAUGGCGUCGAUCAAAAGUGCCAGCCCUUGAGCGCAAAGCAGGGCGCAGCACUAGCUCGUCGCCAAUACUCAGGCUGUCAGGGGCUCGUCGCGCCACCCACUGAGAGCCCACAAUACAAAGAUCUGACUGGCUACGGUACCACAGAUGGAUGGGCUUUGGGGAACGAGUGCCCCCUGGUUCGAACUUUUGGCUCCUCCCCCUUGGCCCAUCGGCCCCCGAGUUGCUUGUCGUCCGCCGUUCGAUUUCCAUCCCCGGUCCAAAACGCAUGCGACCUGAACAUGCCGCCGCCGACACCCAUUCUCCUCACUGCCGACCUCGCCGCACGACACUCCUCCGACACACUCACCUUCGAGCAUCCCCCACAGCCUCAAUGGCAACGCCAUCAUAAACCACGCGAUCAUCCCCCAAAGAAUCGCCCAUCCCGCGGGCUCCGAAGAGACGAAAGGAAACACACCCCCUCCCCUCGCCAAGGGGCCAAGGGGAGGACCUAG